GUACAUUUUACAUUUAUAGGUAAUGAAUGUCUCUAGUGAUAUAUAUACAGUAUAUCACAAGAGAUGAAAGAUGGAAUAUAACAAAGGCUAGGCAGACCAAUUAACAUUUAAGUCACUUCACAUCAUUAAGACCGCAAUCUAAUAAGACCUCAUAGUGAGGUCUCAUAGUGACAAAACAUGUCUUACCAAAGCACUACAGCAUCAGCAUCCCAUUGACCCCAUUAACAUCCUUCUAGUUCAUUAGCAGGUUACCACUUAAAUUUACAACAAAUGUGCAUACAGCAAAUGUAUACACCACCUGAUCGCCGUGAAUCAUCCAAGAAUGAUGAGGGUUCUGACGCCAAGUAACACCUUGGUGUGACCUUAUCAAAUAUCUUUCCAACUGGGAAUCCUCCUUCACACUCACUACAGAUCAGCAGAUGUCCCUUCAUCAUACUUUUCUACACCCACACUAACACCUCCAUCAACCUAACCAAUUAAGUUCUUUCUAAUUGACCCAAAGAUCCCACCUUUGGUGGCUAUAUAAGCUUGUUGUCUUCAAUCGCUCUUAUCUGUUGCUUGCGGGAACAUACCGAAAAACAGUCCUGCUGAGAUGUUCUCCCAGUUCCAGGUGGUUAUGGUGACCCUGUCGGUCUAUCUACUGGUGUGCAGUAUCAGUUCUGCACCAAGGGGGGAUAUACUGCUCCAGCUUCUCCGAUCAGAAGUAAACCCCACUGAAGAUGAGCUCCAGGAUUUUUCUCGUUUACUCUUGCUGAAACAUCUUUCUGAGUCAGUGGCUCCUGAGGAGAGAGAUGUCAUUGUAGGCAAUGAUGAUCUUGAUGUUCAUGAUGAAGUGGUUCGUGAGCUUCCCCUUUCUCAGCGAGAACGAAAAGCAGGCUGUCGGAAUUUCUACUGGAAGACCUUCACUUCUUGUUAGUCCUCUUGCUUUGGUUGCUCGGACUAUUGAACUAAAGGUUCAACUUGUCUUUAAAUAUUUAGAAUACAAUUUGUUCAACAUUUAUUUAGGCAUUUAUAUUCAUGCUUUAGAUGAUUUCCUGUCAGUGUAUUGCUGUUUUAUAUGCCAUAUUGAAAAGUGAUGUUUCUCUUGUGAUACUGUAUGUAUUCACCAAGAAACAUGAGGCACAAGGUGAGACAUCAGUAAUAUUACUAUAAAGAGAGCUUAACUGUUUAUUAUUUAUUACAAAUCUAUUCUAUUGUUUUUGAAUCGACAACAAUCAUACACUGUACGCUAUAUUUAAUAUGUUUGUGGUAAG